GCUUAGUAUAAAAUUAAGCAUCCUAGCAAAAUGUUAUGUAAUUGUUACACCGUCAAAUACAAUUGUCACAUUCCCCUAUCGUCAUUACUCAUAUACUCCUUACACAAUGAUUCGCUAUAUCUACAUAAGUAAACUUUUGAUUAUGUAUUUAAUUCUAAAUUUUAUUAUUAACAUAAUGGUUGGGCGUAUUGAAUUCGGAAUGGGCUGACCGAAUAUGUAAAGGUACUAUUUAUUACGUAUAUGCUUUUCGUGCAAGGCAUGAGUAGAGUAGAAUGUCGUGUUUUGGAAGACUUCGUUGUAACUUUUCCUAUAUAUACUUUUAUAGUUUGGUACGAAGAAUAAAAGUUGACAAAUAUUUUCUUUAAAUCUAUUCUAGGAUGUCAUCUAAAAUCGCAUGGCCAAACCAUGAGAAGGUCAUAAAAUAUAGAAAAUAUAAUUAUAGGGGAUUUGCAUUCAACUUACCGUUUAUAUAAUUUUAGAAAUUCAUUUGUAAGAUGCUUACUUAAAAACCUUUUUAAUUUACAGAUUGCUAAAGGGAUAUGGCGCCAGCUUAUGUUUUCAAAGGAAGAAAACAUAAGAGAAGACGAGUAUGUGAAUGUACUUGAACACCAACAGAAACAAAAGUUCUUGGAAUGGAUGAAGAAUCAAUCAGAACUUGCUGGAAAUGUAGCGUGCUCUUCUAUAUGUUGUUUUGUUUGGCAUACUAUGUCUAAAACGUGGAAACCAAAAUAUGAUAACAAAGACGAGUGUUCUCUGUUGAUCCAAUUUAUUUAAAGAAAAUUUGUUCAAUUUUUAUUUUGUUUAUUAAUUUUACUAUCCAGUUUUCGAAAGAAACCAAAAUACGCUUCUUUCGACGACAGAGUCAAUGAUGAAAUGUGAUUGUGUAUGUCUAUAUCAUACUAAUUUGUUUUAAACUGUUGAUGGAUUGCCAAGUAUUUGAUGAUAAGGUCAUACAUAAAGACAAUAGAAACACCGUUAAUUCUUAUGAUAACUCAAUUUAACCGGUAUGCCAAAGUUUAAAUAUCUUAGAAACACUGUGGAAAGAAAACACUGAACCAUGGAAUUUAUUUUCUAUAGGGGAUUUGUAUUGCGAAAUUAAAACAAAAUACUAUAAUAUUGUCACAUGUAUCGUGGUUAUUCGAUAACAUAUGGUUUGUUAUACUUACUUUGUAAGUAUAUGUCGUGGCAUACAUUAAACUUAGUAUGCAAUAUUUAAAUAUAAUAUAACUUUGACUUUGGCAACAAGUUUUAAAUCAGUAAUGGUAUUGCCAAAAAUAAAGAAGUAUCUUUUAAUGAUCGAUUGGCCAUCACGUUUAUCCUAUAUUUUUGAGACUUAGUUUAGGAACGAAAUUUGCAAUCAUUAAUGCUAUAAAACCAUAUAAAGGAAAUAAUAAUAUUUAACUUUACGUACCCAUUAAAUAUUUGUGUGGCCAUCACGUUUGCUUCGACACCAAGGUUUCAUCGAUGUUAAUGUGAUAUAUGAGAUAAGGAAAACAAAAUAUGUAGUUUCCUGUGACCCUUUGAUGGUAAUUAUUAUGGCUCCCAAACCUAGACACGACAUAUAUAUAAACAUUGCUCCCACUCAUCGAAUCCCACAUCAACUUGCAAACAAGCAAAAGAGCCAAAAAAAAAUCCGUUGCUUAGAAACCAUGUCGAUCAAUCCAGUCGCUGAUGUUAAGCCUUUCAAAACUAUGUGGAAGAUCAAGGUCAAAGUCAUCCGGUUGUGGAAACAAUACUCAGCUGCUGGAGGUGAAACUAUUGAAAUGGUUCUUUGCGAUGUUAAGGGUGCUAAGAUUCAUGCAUCGGUGAAAAGGGACUUGGUUGCUAAAUUCGAUCAAUUCCUAAGACAAGGACAUUCGAUGAUGUUAAUCAAUUUUGUUGUGACGCAUUCCUGUGGUUCCUACAGGACCACUAAUCAUGCUUACCGGAUUAGCUUCCUGUCCACAACACGUGUACGACCAUGUGAGCAACUGCCUGAGUCUUUAUCAGGUUUUGAGCCAGUGAAGUUCAAAGAUGUACUAGAUGGUACUCUUUCAGCCGAUUUCUUGGUUGGUAAGUUAUCUUUAAAUCUAUUCUGCAAUAAGAAACUAUUUAUCAAAUUUAAUUUUGACAACUGUGUUUGUUUUUCAGAUAUAAUCGGGCAGAUUAUUGAAAUCAGUCAUCUUGAACAUGUUAAUGUCAAUGGGAAAGAAACCGAGAAGAUUUCUUUACAGUUGCGCAAUUCGGACGAUGAUAAACUUCCGGUUGUUCUUUGGGGUAAAUUUGCUUGUGAUGUUAAUGAGGCGAUGCAGGUUCGAGAUGAGCAUUGUACCAUUUUGGUUUUACGAUUUGGGAAAAUCAAAGAGUGGAAGGAAGAAAGAAGUGUCAGCAAUGCCUACAAUGUGAGUGAAUUAGGUUUGAAUCUUCCAAUGAUUGAAGUUGAAAAGUUCACUGAUAGUUUGCCUAAAGAUGACCUUCCUUUAACCAUCGUGGAGUCUAAAUACGCGGCUAUUGCGAAUGGUGUUUCGGAUAAAGAUGAUUUCUUUACCCAUACACCAAGAAAAACCAUUGCUCAAAUGAAGGAAACAAAACAUGUUGAAAAGUGUAUUCUGAUGUGCACAAUUGCUGGCAUUGAUUCUGAUAUGGGGUGGUUUUAUCUGAGCUGCAAAGUGUGCUCUAAAAAAGUCUUGACCGUUCCAGCUGUCAACGACGAUGACGGUAAUGACGAUGAUGAUCUGAAGCACACAUAUUAUUGUGUAAAGUGUGAGGCUUACAAUCCUGUCACAGUUCCAAGGUAUAAAUUGCAUUUAGUGGUGCUUGAUAACACAAGCAACACAAAGCUAAUGGUGUUCGAUAAUCUUGCUGUGCAACUGGUCAACAAGCCAUGCUUGCAGAUUGCUGGUCCUUCAGAUAAAGUCGAGAUUGAGGAAACCAAUGUGCUUCCUCCGGUUCUUAACACCAUCAUUGGCAAAACGUGCUUAUUUAAAAUUCAAAUCGAAAGGGAGAACUUUGUCUACAAACAUGAUACCUACAAGGUUUUGAAGGUGAUCACUAACAAAGAUUUGAUCACAGAUUUUGAAGAAAGCAACUCUCGAGAUGGAAGCGAAGGUGUAUUUCAUGAUAUGGAUACUCAAUCUGAUGCACCAGAGGCCUCUCUUGCUAAUCUAGGUUCAGCUUCUGAGCAGUCUGAGUCUUGCGAUCUUACUCCUGCUAAACGUGUUAGGGCAGUCGAUAUUGAAUUGGAAGAAAUCAAUGACCAGAAUUCUGUUACGAGGAGUACCGGUUCCAUGAUGAUUAAGAAGGAGAAGUUUGCUAAAAGUGGCUGAAGUGGGUACAAUGAUUUCUUAUAAGAUAGAGGCUUCCGCUUUUCGUUAACUCUGUUUUCGCAAAUUUUAAGUUUUAUGUUGGUUUUUUUAAAUAUUUAUGUUGUGUUUUUCAUAUUCGAUACUUAUGUUGGUGUUUAAUAAUUAAUGGAAAGCCUCUUUUGUUUCAA